GACCAGGGACCAAACCCCCAACCGUGGUGUAUGGUGCCGGCGCUCUAACCAACCAAGCUCCUCGGGCAGGGCCCUGGCUGCUCUCCCGGGGAAGGGCGGCCCCCACACAGCACCCUCUGCCCUGGGUUUGUUGCUGUUUCUCAUCUGUCUGCUGAGAGCGGGAAGCUCUUCGCAAGGCGUCGGGGGUGCCUCUGAGUUGGUGCUGGUCCUGCUCCUCAGGUCUCUGCUGUGGCCGCUGAGCCUAAGGAUGUUCCACGGGAUCCCAGCCACGCCAGGCGUGGGAGCCCCUGGAAACAAGCCGGAGUUGUAUGAGGAAGUGAAGCUGUACAAGAAUGCCCGAGAGCGGGAGAAGUACGACAACAUGGCGGAGCUGUUUGCCGUUGUGAAGACCAUGCAGGCCCUGGAGAAGGCGUACAUCAAGGACUGCGUCACCCCCAACGAGUACACCGCGGCCUGCUCCCGCCUCUUGGUGCAGUACAAAGCCGCCUUCCGGCAGGUGCAGGGCUCAGAGAUCAGCUCCAUCGAUGAAUUCUGCCGCAAGUUCCGCCUGGACUGCCCACUGGCCAUGGAGAGGAUCAAGGAGGACAGGCCCAUCACCAUCAAGGACGACAAGGGCAACCUCAACCGCUGCAUCGCAGACGUGGUCUCGCUCUUCAUCACCGUGAUGGACAAGCUGCGCUUGGAGAUCCGCGCCAUGGAUGAGAUCCAGCCUGACCUGCGGGAGCUGAUGGAGACGAUGCACCGCAUGAGCCACCUGCCGCCCGACUUCGAGGGCCGCCAGACCGUCAGCCAGUGGCUGCAGACCCUGAGCGGCAUGUCCGCGUCCGACGAGCUGGACGACAACCAAGUGCGCCAGAUGCUGUUUGACCUGGAGUCCGCCUACAACGCCUUCAACCGCUUCCUGCACGCCUGAGUCCUGGCCUCCCUGCCCGUGCACGGAGUGGACGGAGGAGCAGACGGAGUAGGGGUUCUCAGCCCAGCCCCCCGGGAACCCAGCCUCCCGGGACGCUGUCUGCUUUCCUAGCUCCCUGGGCUUUCUGUGGCAGCCUUGUCUGUGUAUCUGUCUACAUGUCUCUACCUGGGACCCCCCUUCCCCACAAUAAAGAUGUUUUCUGACCUUC